AUGAAUUCAUUAUUUAAUAAUCUUAGAUUAAAUUUUUCAAGAUUAUAUGAAAAUGUUAAUAUAUUAAAUGUAACUAGAACAAAAGUAGCAAGUAGUUAUUGUAUUAAAACAAAAUCAUCAGCAGUAAAAAGAUUCAGUUUAAAAAAAGGUAAUGGUAAAGUAAAAUUUCACCCAAGAGCAAAACCAGAUACAACUGCCUACGUUAAAAGCAAAAUCUAUACAAAUACAUUCAAAGCUUGUUUAUUUUCAGGUCACCCAGUUAGAAAAACACAAAUAAGAACUAUUAGUAAUCCAUUAUUAAUUGAAACUGUUAUUCCAAAUUAA